AUGGGGAAUUGCUUCUCCCUCUCGAUAUCGUCUGAUCAAUCGAUGAACAAAGUCUGUCAAUGGCUAGACGACAAAGGAAGUUAUGUUCACAAUCUCGAGAAGAAUCUUGCAGCCCUCGGGACAACCAUCGAAGAGCUCAAAGCUAAGCGAGAUGAUUUAUCAAGAAGGGUCGCAAGAGAGGAAGACAGAGGUCUACAAAGGCUUUCCGAGUUCCAGGUAUGGCUUACUAGAGUUGAGACUUUCGAAAGAGAAGUCAACGAUUUUCUUAGUGCUAGAGAUGCUCAACUUCAAAGGCUCUGCCUUUGUGGGUUUUUCUCUAAUAGUUUAAUGUCAAGCUAUCGUUAUGGGAGAAGAGUUUUCUUGACGUUGAAGGAGGUUGAGAAACUUAAAAGUAGAGUUUUCGAAGUGAUUGUUGAGCAAGAUCAAAGAUAUGAGGUGGAGGAAAGACAACUUCAACCAAUAAUUAUUGGUCAAAAAGAAAUCCUUGAAAAGGCAUGGAACCAUCUCAUGGAAGAUGGAGUUGGAGUUAUCGGUUUGCAUGGUAUGGGUGGAGUAGGAAAAACAGAGCUUCUUGCACAACUCAACAAUAAGUUUAUUGACCUAAGAUGUGGAUUUGAUUUUGUGAUUUGGGUUGUGGUGUCUAGAGAGUUACUCGUAGAGAAGAUACAAGAUGAAAUCGCUCGCAAAGUUGGUCUUGUUGGAGAGGAGUGGAAACAAAAAGAGAGUAGCCAAAAGGCCGAUGUUAUAUACAACUACUUAAGGAAAAAGAGAUUCGUCUUGUUUUUAGAUGACUUGUGGGAGAAGGUAGAUUUAGUUGAGAUUGGAAUCCCAUUUCCAACAACACAAAACCGAUGUAAACUGGCAUUCACCACUCGUUCCAAGGCUGUUUGUGCGUGCAUGGGGGUCGAAGAUCCAAUGGAAGUCAAAUGCUUAGCGGAAUGA